UGGAUGUCAAACGUCACUCAUUCCAUAAUGAAAAUUUGUUUCCGAAUGUUGUUACGUUUCUGAAUCGAUUUUUCUAGUGUUUAAAACUGAUAACAUGUCAAGGAAUAGUCGGAUUUCGUAAAAAUGGGUGCUAAAGAUUCGAAAAGAUUAUGUUUAAGCUAUGAAGAUGCAGCUAAACGGAUGUCAGAAGUCGAGUAUAAAAGAAUAUGUGAAGCAUUCAAAAGAUUAACAGGAGGCAAUCAAUAUUUGAGUAAAUCAGCGUUUACCCAGAAUGUUCUUGGUGAUGGGGUACCAAGUACCAUUGCAGAAUGGUUAUAUACUGCUUGCGGAGGGGGUCCUAGGGGUAUAGUGCUGAAAGAUUUGGUAUGUGGAUUGGUUCUACUGACUAAAGGCACACAAGAUGAAAAAAUUAAAUUCCUCUGGUCGUUAUACUGCAACGACUCAGGCACUCACAUUAUCCGUAGCGAAUUCCAGGCCGCUUUACAGACUGAGGGGACGUUACCGUGUGAGCCAUCGAACAAACCAAACCUAGCCCUGGACCGAACGAUCGUAUCUCUGUUCGGUUUCGGGCAAGACAGGGUCGGUUUCGAUCAUUUCAGGGCUUGGAUCCAAUACAAUAAGGAGGCGACGAUACUUUCGAGAUGGUUAUUGUCGAAUCCCUGCGUAUCGUUGAGUUCGGAAGUUGAGACGCCAACUUUUUAUCAGACGUUGGCGGGAGUUACUCACUUGGAGGAACAAGAUAUCUGCGAGUUGGAGAAGUGCUUUUGGGCCCUGCAGAGUUCGUCACCUACCGGUCAUCUCGAUAUAAAUUGCAUAAGAUCCCUGGUGUGUCCACCCGUUCCUCAUACAGCGUGCGAGGGGUUGUUCCUAGCCUUAGAUGUUAAUAGAGAUGGACAUAUCGACUUUAAGGAGCUCUGCUGUGGCAUAUCGGCUGCCUGUAGGGGACCUCUGGCAGAACGUAUGAAGUUUUGUUUCAAAAUCUUCGACAUGGACAGAGAUUGUUACCUGAACUCUGAAGAACUGAAACACAUGAUACAAACGUUGAUAUACGUGGCAUGCGAAUGUAACCAGCAUUCGAGGUCUUCGACGUCCCUGGACAAGAUGACCCCGGACACGUCUCUGUUGGGGGAGAUGGACUCGAGCAACAGGAACAACAUACACGAGAGGACCCUGAAUUCCCUCAGCAAGAGACUGGAUAAGUUCGGGGGGCUGAGUCAGGAGGAAUUUUUAGUUUGGAGCGUCGAGGAUAACACCCUGGUUGCUCCGUUGUUGGAACUCUUAUUCCAGGUGUGCCACGUCUCUUUGGGGCUGAAGCCCGACUGCAGGCAUCACGAAAAUGAGAUCGUGAUGGGAUGGUUGGAACGGGAGGAGAGGCGGGGUUUCCACGUGGGCCAGUUCUGGUACCUGGUGUCGUCGGAAUGGUGGCAGAACUGGCAGGCCUACACCAGCAACCCUAAGACAAACGCCGACCACUGUAACUGUCGGUUGGACUCGCGUAUCCAGGUCGAGGAGGGCAUAGUCUGCGACGAGAGCCUCAUAAGCAACUGUACGGAUUACACCUCCGCCUCGAACGAGUUCAAUUCAAACAGUAUGGAAUCGAUGGGAGACUUGUUGAGUAGGGGUGAUAGUUGUAGUCUGGCGUCCGUGUCCAGUUCAGGGGUGUCCAGCAGUUCGGGAACCGGCUCUAAGAAGAGCCAGAGCAGCCCGGGACCCAUCGACAAUUCUAACCUGGUGGUGGAACCUUCGGUGAAGGUCACUACGCUUACAGGAGAAGGUGGAAGACUGAAAAGGGACGUCACCCUGGUGCAGCACAGGGACUUCGAACUGGUGCCGGACUCCCUGUGGAAAGCCCUAGCCCUUUGGUACGGCGGUCCCCUACCCCUGCCCAGACAGGUCAUAAGGCCAACGGGCAGGCACGACGUCGAGAUAGAGCUCUAUCCGCCCAACCUCCAGAUACUCAGGCACCACACGCAGCUCGUCGCCAGCCAGACGAACUGGACCACCGUGGUGGGCGGUUACGGGGCCGCGGCCCUGAGCACCGCCGGCCUGGCCGCCGGUCCGGUCGCGUCGCCGCGCAGGUACCUCGCGCACACGGCCGCCUUCAGCAGGCUGGCCAACGUGCGACAGGUGAUCGAGUUCCUGUGCUCGCGGCUGGCGCUCAAGAUCGAGGACGUGAGGCUGUGGCACGUGAAGGACUCGCAGACCAUACUGUUGGAGGACGAGAACGCGACGCUGCAGGAUCUGGGGAUAGUGGACUGCGAUCAGAUACUGCUGGAGGUCAGGAACAAGGACCUGACGUGGCCGGAGGAGCUGGGCGCCUUGGCGGCCGGCAAUUCGGAAAGGACCAUGCUGAGUUCGGAGAGGAGGCCGACGAUAUCGUUGCCGCCAGGCGCCACCGGCCUCCACAACCUGGGCAACACGUGUUUCAUGAACUCCGCCCUGCAGGCAGUCUCCAACACCCGACCCCUGACCCUCUACUUCCAGCGGGACGCCCAGCUGUGCGAGCUGAACAGCACCAAUCCCCUCGGCACCAAGGGCAUGGUGGCCAGGAGGUACGCCGAGCUGUGCAGGGAGCUGUGGGCGGGAUCGACCAGGAGCGUAGCCCCCCUGAAGCUCCGUUACUGCGUCACCAAGCACGCGCCCCACCUGGGCGGGGGCGGGCAGCACGACUCGCAGGAACUGCUGGCGUGGCUGUUGGAUUCGCUGCACGAAGAUCUGAACAGGGUCCCUAAGAAAUUGUACAGCGAGCUGAAGGAUUCGGCCGGUAGGCCGGACGAAGUGGUCGCUGACGAAGCCUGGCAACAGCACUUGGCGAGGGACCAUUCUAUCAUAACCGACCUGUUUUACGGACAAUUGAAAAGUAAGGUUACCUGUCAAACUUGCGGUCACGAGUCUGUCCGAUUCGACCCUUUCAACCUGUUAAGUUUACCCCUACCGAUGGAAAGUUAUAUCUUGUGCGAAGUUCUUGUGAUACGUCUUAGCGGGGACAUCCCCGUCAAAUACGGACUUCGGUUGAAUUCCGAGGCCAGGUACCUGGAGCUGAAGGAACAACUGAGAGACCUCUGUGAUAUCGAGCCGGAAAGACUGCUGCUCGCCGAAAUGGCCUACUCCCAGAUCAAACAGAUACUGAGCGACGAGACCAAAAUAAACACGUUGACGGCCACCGAGCUGUACGCCUACGAGCUGCCCGAAUGCAAAGAGGAAACUGAACAGGACAGCAUUGACGGGAACUCAGAGGCUGAUUUGCCAGUUUCUGACCUACCGUUGUCCCACAGUCCAGAGGUAAGAGGUGGUUCGGCCCUUUGCAUGCCCAACAUACUUUGCUUUAAGACGAAAUCGAAGGGCGAACUGAGAAAACUACCGAACGGUCUCAAUUUCAAGAGUUCCUCUGCCUCGAUCCAUUCCAACUCGUCGGCAACGACAGUUUCCGAGGGAUCUUCUUCGUCGUCGAAAUAUCCGAACUAUCUGAUCGCCGUUCACAGGAAGUGCGUGAGGCAGGAGGCGUAUUUCCUUUCGCAACAAAAGAGCAAACCGAGCCUGUUCGGCGUGCCGCUCCUGUUAGGCUGUGAUGCUAGGAGUACGUGCCAGAGCAUGUACGAAACCGUCUGGGAGCAGGUGACCAGGUUGCUGAGCCCGUUGCCGCAGUCUGACCAAACGAACCACGCAACGGACUGUGACGACUCUUUGAAAUACGAAUUUCCUUUCACGUUGAAGGCGGUCCUGCAAGGCGGCCAGAUAUGCGCCCUCUGUCACUGGACGCAGUUCUGCAGGGGUUGCACGUUGCCUUGCACGGAAGAACUGCUGUUCGACUACUGCAGGGGUGGACAAAACGUGAUGAGGAUAGCUAUAGACUGGGACCCGACCGCCCUUCAUUUGAGGUAUCAGAGCAACAGGGAGAAGGUUUGGGUGGAGGACGAGAGCGUGCAGGUAUGCAGAAAGCUCCACACGGAACCCAUCGAUCUGGACUACUGUCUGAAGGCGUUCACGUCGGAGGAGAGAUUGGAGGCUAAAUAUCACUGUUCGAACUGCCAGGACAAACAGCCGGCGACGAAGAAACUACAGAUUUGGAGACUGCCACCCAUAUUGAUAAUACACCUGAAGCGGUUCGACUACGUGAACAGCAAAUGGGUGAAAACGCAGAAGGUCGUCAAUUUCCCGUUCAAAAACUUCGACCCGACCGCGUACCUAGCCUCCAUACCGCAGGAGACGAUACACAGGCACAGGCAGCUGUUGGAGCAGCGCAAGAACAAGGAGCUCGAGGACUGCCUCAACGCCGAGAAGGAGAACAGCGAGAAGAUAGUCGAGGAGACGGCCGAGGAGGCCAAGGACGAGCAUUCCAAGCUGCUGAACGACGAUCCGGUCAAGUGCGACGCAUGCCCGAGAGACGGCGAGAAGGCGGGCGCGCCGGCGCACAAGGGGAGGCCGAACAGCGCGAGCAAGGUCAGGGCCAGGUUGGAGUCGACCAGUCUGCUGAAGACGCCCAUCGUGGACGAGCACCUCAAGGAUUACCACCAGCACAAAUUGUUACCGGGGCAGGAUCCUUUCGACCUCAAGUACCAACUGUACGCAGUCGUGAGCCACUCGGGUAACCUAACCAGCGGGCAUUACAUCUCGUACGCGUGCAACCCGAACGGCAACUGGUACUGCUACAACGACAGCUCGUGCAGGGAGGUGCUGGCCGACCCCGAGAACUCCAGCAAGAUCAAGACCCUACCCCAGGACAAGACCGGCUGCACGCCGCUGUCGCGCAGGAGGAACCUCCACCUGGCGGACAGGGACCUCGACACCAUAUCGGUCAAGUCGGACACGCAGAUAACCUUCGCGGACGCCGACAGUUCGGACGAGGGCGGGGCCUCGCGCGCCCGGGACAGCCCCGCCCCCAGGUCCGCGCGCAGCACGCCGGCCGGCUCGCAGGCCGACCUCACCGCGUCGUUCGUCAGGGAGAGGGCGGGGUCUAGAUCGUCGCUGCAAGGUUCGAGGUCGUCGGUGAGUGCGUACAGAUGCGCGUACAGCGACGCCAAGAUACCGAAGAUCGACACUAGCUCCGCCUACAUCCUGUUCUACGAGCGAUCGGGCCUCGAUUACAAGCCGUAUCUGCCCGAAGUGGCUAGCAACGGCACGCCCCACUUCCCGCAGGAGGUGGAGCUAGACGAGAACGAGUCCGAGUUGCGCAAACAGCUGUGCGCCAUCCAGUAGAAGUCUGAUCAGAGUAGGUAGGGUUAUCGACCGCGAUAUUAUCAAGAGGGCCGUGAAACGUGGUUUUUAUAUUGAAAAAGGCAGGUAAUUAUCAUUUUUCCUCGAUGGGUUUCUUUGUUAGUAGCUAGAGUUUUUAUGACACUUUAUUUAUUGAAAAGUUGUUCUAUCUAGAUUAUUUUACGUUCGGAUGGGUGGGUGGAAAUCCAUCUGUCACCUGUCAAAAUUGUCAUUCAAUGACAAGUGACAGGUGUUUUAUCGGUUGUGAUUCCGAGGGGUUCUCCUCGAAAUCAUCAUCUUCGUUUAGGAAGUUCUGUCAUUAUAUAGUUUAAUUCCGAACAAAUUUGCUCAGUUUAGCAUAAUUUGAAUCAGUUUUUUAAUCGUUAUGAUGAGAUUACGUACAGUUUCUAUUAUCUGUAGUUUUAUUUAGUCCCGAACGGAAGAUUCCAGCUGUGUUAGUUUGUUAUUAUUUUUAAAUCGUUUAUUUAGAUUUGUCCGGAAGGUCACAUUCUCACGUUUAAGGUUUCCCCUGAGACGAUUCAGUGAAAAGUAUUAUUAUCAAUAACUUUCAAUAAGGAUAUAGUUGAAAAUACAAUAAAUUUUGAAACUUUUAUAUUAUUAUAGUGAAAGUAUAAAUAAUAACUAUUAUAAAUAUAUAUAUAUAUACAUAUAUACUCAAGGUGUCCCAUUUGGGGGCCGAUCAGAAGUUUACGUAGAAAUAUAAAUUGUAGCUUUUCGAAAUUUGGUACAAAGUCACUAUAAAGAUAAAUCUUCCUGUUUAAAAUAUUCGCAGAGAUUAACUUUUUCCGUUUACACCAGAAACGGAUAUCUAUGCCUUGUAGCAUUUGUACGAUAUUUCAGAAAUCCGAUGCAUCUUUCCCUGUAAACUUGUGAUGGGUCUCUCCCGUUGGGUCGCCCUGUAUAUAUGGAUGCAAUGUUUGUGAUCAAGCCUCUUUAUUGUGUAUACUGUUAUAUGAUGGUGGCAUUGUGAAAAUGUGUUUUUUCGUUUUAUAAGUUACACCAAAGAAUGUAAAAUUUGAUUUGAUGAAUCUUGACUAUUUCAUAUUAUUGUUCUAAGAGUUUGCGGAAAUUGCAGGCGAAGCUUUUGAUAGUUUGUUGAUCGGAAAGUUUGUCUGCACUUUCCUUGAAGAGUUUAAGUUGUUCGAUGUAUUGAUAUUACAUAUUGUUGCAAAUUUUGUAUUAUAAACGUUAAGGUUAUGUAUAAUAAUGAAAUUAUUCGCCUAGUCUAUUAUUUUAUUUGUUUAGGUCUGUGUUUCACAAACGUAACGGGGAUCUUGAAGUAUCAUGGUGCUUUUUAUGAAAUUCUUAGUGUGAAUUUGUCAUUCUCAAAUUGUUUCGACCAGUCGUUGGUUCGAUGUAAGCAUGAUCUAAAGUUUUCAAAGGUUUUUACAUAAUAUUUUCAUAUUUUGUAUUUGUAAUUAUGGUGCCAUUUCAUAAAUAAAGCUUGUACCUAUAUUGUUA